AUGUCUGCCAGUCCACAAGAUGCCAUCUUUCAAACGAGUUCCAUUAUUUUGUACCAUAAUCCUGAUCCUAGCUGGACUGGGUCAGCACACAGCUGAAAGUCGACUCCCCGAUUGCGUUUUUUAUCCCAGAUGUCUUAUCACAAAGGACCCGUGUUGCAUGUAGUGCAUCUAUAGAAAUCAAAGAAGGAUCUGGUAUCUAAAACUGGACCUGUAUUUGGAGAACCAGCGAUAUAUCAGCACUGGUCAAGAGUGUUAACAAAAACUGCACUCUAUUUUAAUAAAUACAAAUAUCCACAAAUAA